AUGUCCCCGGGGAAGGUCUGCUGCCUGCUGCUGCUCACCCUUGGGGUGCUGGCCGUGGUGGUUUCCCUCGUGGUUGUUCUGACUCAGCCUAGGUGCGGUCCUCAGCUCUACCUGCACGGUGCCGUGGCUGCCGACACCGAGACCUGCUCCGCCAUCGGCCGGGACAUCCUGAAGAGUGGAGGCACAGCUGUGGACGCUGCCAUCGCUGGCUUGAUCUGCACCUCAGUGAUGAACCCCCAGAGCUCAGGCCUGGGUGGAGGGGUCAUAUUCACCAUCUACAAUGCCAGCACAGGAGCAGUGGAGGUGAUCAACGGCCGCGAGACGGCCCCAGGGCUGCUCCCACACCGGCUGCUCUCCGACUGCACUGCCGCUACUGCUCCCCACAUUGGUCCACGCUGGAUCGCGGUGCCAGGGGAGCUGCGAGGCUAUGAGGAGGCUCACAGGCGCCACGGCCGCUUGCCCUGGAGAGCCCUCUUUGAGCCAACCAUCCAGCUGCUCUCAGAGCCCCUCGUCAUCUCUCCAGUCAUGGACAAGAUCAUCCAUCACCCCAUGUUCUCUGGCCCAGGGAAAAGCCUGUGCCCACUGCUCUGUGAUGGGCAGAGGUUUCUGAAGCGUGGAGAGACCUUCAGGUGGCCAGCACUGCAGCAGACCCUCCGGGCCGUGGCAGAACAUGGAGCUGCAGCCCUCUACGAGGGGCAGAUAGGAAAGGCCCUGGUGGAGGACAUUAGGAGGGCUGGCUCCAGGAUCUCCCUGGAGGACCUUCAGGCAUACAGAGCAGAGGUGUCCACAGCUCUGAACAUCACCCUGAACAAUCACACCACCAUCUUCUCUCCUGGGCCACCCAUGGGAGGUGCUGUGCUCAUGUUCAUCCUCAAGGUAUUGGAAGCAUACAAGCUGCAUGAAGCAUCCCUGGCCACCCCUGAGGAGAAGCUGGAAGCCUUCCACCGGAUUGCAGAGGCCCUGAAGUUUGGCAAUAUGCUGAAAUCCCACAUGAGUGACCCAGCCUUCUCUGAAGAUCAGGUGGGUGUGGGCAGCCUGCUGUCAGAGGGGGUUGCUGAGCUGGUCAGACAGCGCAUCGACAGCCGCGGGGACCAUCCCCUCAGCCACUACAGCCUGCUGGAGGCUGUCUCCCCCGAGAGGUACAGCAGCAGGGGCACCAGCCACAUCUCGGUGCUGGCUGCAGACGGCAGCGCCGUGGCAGCCACCAGCACCAUCAACUACCCGUUUGGCUCCUUUGUGUAUUCCAACCAAACUGGGAUCAUUUUGAAUAAUGAGCUGGCUGAUUUCUGCAUGGCCAACAGGAGCAUUCACCCAGGAGAGAAGCCUCCCUCAGCAAUGGUGCCUUCCAUUCUCCUCUCCAAGACAGGAGACAUGCUGGUGAUUGGAGGAGCAGGGGGGGGCUGGAUCAUCAGUGCCACUGCCAUGGCAAUCAUAAACAAGCUGUGGUUUGGCUAUGACCUGGAACGUGCCAUUGCAGCUCCCAUCAUGCAUGCUGAAGGGGACACUGUUCUCUUUGAGGAACACUUCAGUGAGGAGGUGAGGACUGGCCUGCUGAGAAGAGGACACAAAGAGAAGAAACCUCAUUUUGCAAUGAAUGUUGUGCAGGGAAUUUCCAGGGAAGGAAAAUGCAUCUCUGCCUACUCUGAUAAAAGGAAGCUGGGGAAAUCAGCUGGAUAUUAGCUGGAACAGCCACCACCACUCACAAACCCACAGGAGAGAACCAGAUUCAGAGCAUGCUUUGGCUUGGCCAUGCCAGUGUUGCCUGUUCCCAGAUGCCUCCCAGAGCCUGGGCAAAGCUUGGGUCUGCCCCUAAGUCCUGCUGGCUGCAAGUCACCUUCAGGCACCAUGAGAACAGGGCAGGCAGGGGCAGCCAGCCUUGUCUGCAGCUCCAACCUCCAUUACUUACCUGAAAAACAUCUUUCUUCAGCACAGCAGCUAUUCAGAAUGAGGUAACACAAAGUGGGAAAGGAAAACUACUCCAAAGCCCACUGGGACCACUGUGAAAUGACCCAGCUGCAUCUUCUGCUCCUGAGGGCAGGUCUCAGCUGAGAGCAGGAUUGGUUUCUCUGAGGCUGUUGCCACACUAAGCUCAUUACUUAGUGCUGUGAAAUAAGGAACUGCUUUGGUGAUGAGGACCAGAAGUGGUGUCUGUGCCAUCAGGAUUUGAAACUCUUAAGCUGCUGAGCUCUGGGACUGGGCUGGGAGAGGGAAGAGAGCAAAACUCCUCCCUCCUCUUGGUUUUCCCAUCCAAAG